AAAAAGAGCUUCUGUUUUCUGACUAAUUAACCUUCAUAGUUAUCACAAUCUCAGGGGAUCAAUUUGAUUACCAUUUUCAGCACAAAAUGCCAUCAAUUCUCGAGAAAGCUCUCUGUUAAUGUACUAACUCAGAAAGGGUUACAAACAAAACAAGAAAAAUCAAGUCUUGGCCUGCGUUUUUACUUUUUAGCCUUUCUUUGUCAAAUUACAUUCUGAAACAAACAACCAAAAAAGAAAGAAAAGCUCAAAUCUUUACUUGCAAAAAUCAACAAGUCCUUCACAGUUUGAAACAGGGAAAUGGGAUCUUCUAGGAAAUUAUCUGAAGCAUUUGGGCUUGUCGAAGAAAAGACAGUGAGCAUCCAGGAAAGGAUGAUCAUGGUGAUGCGUGAAUUAGAUAGUGUUGAAGCCCAUUACAAAAAGAUUCAAGAUCUCUCGUAUGGACGUUCAAAUGAGCUUCAGUCAAAGGAGGAAUCCUUGAAAUCUUUUGAGAAAUCGGUGGCCAAGCAGAUUCAUGAGAGGUUUGAUUCAAGGAGAAGGGCUAUUGAAAAGGGUUUAAAGAAGUUUGGUGAGAAGGAGAAGUUUCUAAGAGGGGCUCUGGAGAAAAUGGAAAUGGAGGGAAAACAAUCUGAGAUUAUGAAAGUCUCUGUUGAGAAAACGCUGACGGAUGUUCUUCUGAAAGAGAAGGAAUUUCAAUGUCUCUUGGAUGAGCUGAAGAAGAUCCAGGGUCAAGUGGAAAAAAGAGGGGCAGAGCUUGACUCAAUGGAGGAAACCUUGAGGUGCAGAAAAGAUGAGAUUGAUGAAAAGGAGAAGAACUUGAUCUUGAGGGUAAAUGAAGUUGACGAAUUAGAACGGAAAUUGGAGAGAAGGCUACAUGAAUUUGAUUCGGCCGAGAAAAGUAGGUUAUGUGAGCUGGAGACCAGAGAAAAUGAGGUCAUUUCCAACCAAAAACUGGUGGAGGCGAGAAAUUUUCAGAUUGAUUCGAAAAAGAGGCUUUUGGAGAAGAGGAAAAAUGCACUGGAUUCAGAAGCUGAAAGAUUGAAACAAAGGGAAGAUGAGCUCGAUGUGAGAGCUCAAAAUCUGAUGGAUCUUGCAAAGCAACUUGAAGCUAAGGAGGAAGGUUUAGGAGGAGCAAACAACUCAGUGAGUCCUACAAAGCCAGCAGAUGUGAGGUCAGUCAGGAGGAAAAGAGUUAGCCCUGGUCAUGAGGAGAGAAAGGUGCAAGAAAAUAGAAGGCAGCGUGGUAAGAGAAGCAGUGGCAUUCCUGGGGAAAGCAUUGGAAAAAUCGAAGUGCAGGAUCUUCAAAAUUCAGGUAGAAAGACUACUACACAAGCACAAAUGACGGAAGAUUUAACAGAACUUGAUCCUGAACCCGAUUUAAAUUCACUUGGUAACUUUGCUUCCAACCCCAUUGGUGAUCCAAGUUUUACAAGUGAUGAGAACCUCGAUGUUCAUCAAACUUGGGCAUGUUUUGAUGCAAAAGAUAGAAUGCCAAGAAAAUACGCCCGAGUUAUUAACCUCAUUAACCAAGAUGGAGAAGUUAGGCUUGAGGUUUUGUGGUUGAAACCUUGUCCUGAGUAUAAAGGGGAGAAGGAGUGGGUCGAAGCCGGUUUGCCAGUAUCUUGUGGGGAAUUUGAACCAGGGGAGAUAAGUGUUGAAUCUCCCACCAUCUUCUCUCAUCUAGCUUUAGGCAUCUUAGAUCCUGUUUGGACAAUAUUGCCUCGCCAAGGAGAAACAUGGGCCCUUUACAGGGAUUGGGAUAUUGUUAAAUGGGCAUCUCAUCAAGGACUUCAUAGACAUUGUGAGUAUGACAUAGUGGAGAUUCCGCCACAUCCCCGUCACCAGCCUUUGUUUCGUUGCAUUAGUGUCACUCUUCUAGACAGAAUCGAAGGAUCCGUGAAGUUGUUUACGAGGCGAAGCAGGAAGGACAAGGAUUCAUUCCUCAUAAAGGCUAAUAGCUUAUACAGGUUCUCUCAUAAGGUGCCUUCUGUUCAGAAGAUGUGUAUUGAUGAGAAUGGUAUUCUUCAUGACAUUUUGGAACUUGACCUGAAUUGUUUACCUCUUCAACUCCAUUAAGGUUUGCAACACAAGUUGUUGUUGGUAUGGUUGCAUUUCCUAGUUAAUCUUCGGGCUAAUGAGUGCUAACUUCAAGUUACAUGUUAAGUUAUUGUACAAAUGGAAGCUGAAUCAAGUAACUAUGUGAUUAUGAUUAGUCCUAUGAAAGUUUGGUUUUCAUGUAGUUCGGUUGGUUUGCAGGACAACUGGUAAUCGCAUCAUGCAGUGAUGGUUUGCUGUAUAACUGUAUAACUUUGGUUUCGUUAGUUCCAUCUCCAUCUGCAAAAUCUAAGAUAAAUUGGUGGUAAGUUGUGUGUUCUGGAAUCACUGAUAACUCUUCUGCUUGUGCAUUACUUUUUGGUCUUCUUUUCUGCCUUUGGAUUUGUUCAUUCAGCUUGGCACACGGGCCCUAAUUAAGAGGAUUAAAAUGGUGGAUAAGUCCAAAUAUGAAGGAUACUGUAGAUGUAAUUUUUCUCAAAAUUAGAGACAUGCCCCAUAAUGAAAGCAAGAAAAUAGUGAUCUGAAGCCUGGUCUGAAGAAAAAAGAUAUCAUCUAAAUGUACCUGAAGGAUCUUUUGAUUUCCAUUUACAGUAAUGAGAUUAAACUUUUCUGGAGAAACUACCAUUCAAUUAGCAAUUCUGAUCAUACUCUUUAAAGCUUUGCCUACCUGCUCCGUGAAUACCAAAUCAUCAUUUGUAUAUAUACUUUCUCUUCAAACCCUGAAUUGCAGUUCUGUUUCAAUUGUUAUGGACACAAAAGUUUUAAGACUAAAAUGUCCAAAUAGUCCCUUACAUUUGGGCCUACUUGAAUUUAUGUCUCUUACAUUAACAUUUUAAUAUCGUAGUCCCAAACAUUAUAUUUUCA